AUGGCGAUCCCAAAACCCCAUCACAAGUCAAAAUCAGCAAAGCCCAGAUCUUCAUUCCUCAUCCUCACAGCGUCUAUCGCAUGCAUCGCUGUGUUGUACCUUGCGUCAUCUCUACUUUCCACGCCGUCGUGGUUCUCUUUCUCCACCUCGAGUAGCUUACAGAACUUGGUGAACAAGCCCAAGAACCGUUACACUCUGCAAGAGAAGUACUUAUACUGGGGCACCAAAAUCGAUUGCCCUGGAAAACACUGCGAUUCGUGUGAGGGUUUGGGGCACCAAGAAUCUAGCCUUAGGUGUGCCCUUGAAGAGGCGUUGUUUCUUGGGAGGACAUUUGUAAUGCCUUCUAGGAUGUGUAUUAAUCCCAUACACAAUAAAAAGGGGAUUCUUCAUCAGUCAAGUGAUGUAGUUUCUGAGGAAGGGUGGAUUUCUAACUCGUGUGCAAUGGAAUCUUUGUACGAUCUGGAUCUUAUAUCCGUAACUGUACCUGUAAUUUUGGAUAAUUCGAAAAUUUGGCAUCGUGUCCUUGCGACGAGCAUGAAAUUGGGAUCCAGAGGAAUUGCACACGUGCAAGGAGUUAGUCGAGCUGAGCUCAAAGAAAAUGCUUUAUAUUCAAAUCUUCUACUCAUAAAUCGAACUGCAAGUCCUCUGUCGUGGUUCAUGGAGUGCAAGGAUAGGAACAAUCGCAGUUCGAUUAUGUUGCCUUAUUCUUUUCUUCCUUCGAUGGCUGCAAAGAAGUUUCGAGAUGCUGCAGAAAAGAUUAAGGCACUUCUUGGAGAUUAUGAUGCUAUUCACGUUCGCCGAGGAGAUAAACUGAAAACGAGGAAAGAUAGAUUCGGUGUACAGAGGACUUUACAUCCUCACCUUGAUAGAGACACACGUCCCGAAUUUAUUCUUUGCCGAAUAUCCAAGUGGGUCCCACCUGGACGGACCCUUUUCAUAGCGUCAAACGAGAGGACGCCCGGUUUCUUUUCGCCUUUGGCUGUGAGAUAUAAAUUGGCAAGCUCGGCAAACUACAGCAGCAUUUUAGAUCCAUUAAUCGAGAACAAUUACCAUUUGUUCAUGGUGGAGAGGCUUAUCAUGAUGGGAGCUAAAACGUUUAUUAAGACAUAUAAAGAAGACGAUAAAGAUCUAAGCCUAACGAACGACCCCAAAAAGAACACCAAGAUUUGGCAAAUACCCGUCUACACAAAGGAUGGAACCGAAUGCUGA